GUCACUGACGACGAGGUGCUGCGUUUCAUUAAACCGAACGCGUUAUCUUCUGGGCCUCGCUCGAUCUUUCUGUGUUGGGCCUUUUACACUCACAUCCCGAACGAUGUCACAACGUCUCCAACCCUAAGACACAUUGCUCUCGCGUAACUCUUUUCUGCGCCGUCGACGCGUGACGUCUUCGAUUCCUUCUUCUUCGAUGAAACGGCCGGAGUUAUGUCGUCGUCUUUAUUCCAAUUGCAUUCAAUCCCUCGCUCAUUCAAUCCCUCUCUCAGACUCUUCGAUGCGCCCUUUGAUCCCGAGCGGAUCUGUAUAAAUAUGUAAGAUCUAUAGAUCCCCAACGCAUCAUCUCUUUCUUUCUCUUGAGACUUUCUGAUUCCUGUUGCUAUGUCUAUUUCGAGAGUCUUCUUCUCUGACCUGAAGUCCGGCAAAUGCUCCUCCGUCGUCGAGGCCCGGCUCCUACGGUUCUGGGAGGCGAGGAACGUCAAACGUGGUGGCGAGCUGAUGUGGGUCGAUAUGCUACUUAUGGACGUGAAUUCGACUUUGAUCCAAGCUACUAUCAACGCGAAUCGGCUUCCAAGGUUCCGAGAUAGGCUCGCCGCCGGGACGAUGUACUCUGUCUCUGGCUUUGACGUGGCUCGCUGUGCUCAGAACUUCAAGCUUGCGGACUCUUCUUUGAUGAUCCGGUUUAACGAUUCCACCGAGUUUGACGUGUUAUCUGAUCCGGUCUCGCCAAUACCUGCAGAGGGAUUCCGGUUCCGUAACCAGACCGAGUUGGUUGGUUUAGCCAAUACAAACACUCAGCUUCCAGGUACAGAUGUGAUCGUAUCGUACAUAUGUAUAUUUAUCUGUAUGGGUUUUGUGCUUUAUGUAUUAAGCCACUGAGCUCUCUGAUCUCAAUAUUGAACCUGUAUAUAUUAUUGGUGAAAUCGUGGCGGUGAAGAGCACCGUGUCUGACCCUCCGGAGGACAAGAACCGUGUCAUGGUCACCGUCAAACUAGAAAAUGAUGUGUCUGUCACUCUUAGUCUGUUUGACGCUCAAGCCGUUUCAUUCCACCAGAAGCUUGGAGGCAUGCGUGAUGAUCCUAAAGUGAUUGUUGCCACAAGCAUAAACCCGAAGAUGGUUGGAGGUCGUUUAUUCCUCAACGCGACGUCAGGAACACAUGUUUAUUAUGAUAAGGAGACACAUGCAGGAGAGUCUUUAUUUUUCCGAGACACUGGUCUUCCGUCUGCCGCACCUCUCUUGAAGUCUUAUGCGAAGGUUGAGCCUGUGAAAAUUGCAGAGCUUAACCAUUUUAUCACUACAGAUCCGCCCCAGGAAAUAGAUUUCUUAUGCACUGCGAGAGUUUCUCAAGUUGAAGCGGACAAAGGGUGGUGCUAUGUUGCGUGUUCUAAGUGCAGCAAGAAAUUGCAACGCACUGUCACUUCUUUCGAAUGUGCACGCUGUAAUAAUCCUCAUGCGGUCGGAUCUUUACGUUAUCGUGUUGAGAUGGUUGUAACUGAUGAUACUGCGGAAUGGACAUUUGUUUGCUUUGAUGGUGUUAUGACUAAGUUGCAUAAUCUCAGGGCAAGUGAGGCGGUCCAGUUACUGGCUGAAGAAGGAGUGAACCCUGAGGAUUCCGUGAUGCCUCCGUUCGUUGCAGGAAUGGAAGGCAAGACCUACACUUUCCAAGUCCAUGUCACGCCCUACAACUUCACCGUCAACCACCAGACGUUCACCGUAUCGCGUAUCAUCAAUGAGGUUGAGCGUUCACCAGCUCCAGAAUUUGUCGAUGAUGAAGGUGAUGACAAUGAUGAUGAUGAUGCGCCAGACGGGCCUAACAACCGUGAGAAGUCUGGUUCCGACAAGGGCAAUUGUGAGUCAUCAAAGAGGGCUGGAAAGGAGCCAGUCGGUAAUGUGCGUAAAAGGGCGCGUAUUGCUUAAGAUGGAUCUUCGAUAAUAAUCUCUCGAUAUUCUGCAGCUUAAUAAUGUUUCUGCAUUCUUCUUUAUUCUCAUCUUUACUCUAUCUAUGUUAUGGAUUUUCUACAUUCACGUUGUUUUUUUUUUUUGUUUUUCAAACUCUCUACUUUAUGGUUGUUAUGGAUGCUUUUUAUAUUGAGUUGACAAAAGUUUAAA